AUGGCACGCUCAGACUUUGCAGGCUCAACUCUAGGCUCAGAGCCCUCAAGCCCAACCAGUCCCAUCGGGAGUGACAGGUCGCGUGGAAGCAGCGCUCCGACAACUGUAACAGCGGCGUCAGUGGAUCCCUUGAUCAACCCGGCACAAGCCAUAGACGGAGCGGAACACCAACCGACUCCAUCACUCGCAUCGAUUGCCAUUGAGGAACCAAUCCCCGCUGAAGGCUGGCUUGAUCUCGCAAGAUUGAUGACGAAGACACCAGAUUUUGCGGCCUUUUCGCGGUUCCAUGACCUUCACAUCAAAAACCUUUUGUAUUAUCAAGUCGAAUUAUCAGUGUUGAGGGAACAAUUGAAGGAUCUGGAAGAGCUGGACAGGGAUUCGAAUGGUCUCGACCUUCAUGGCGAGUCUGAGUUUCACAAAGAACCCGAGAAGAUUUUCUGGGGACCGGGCACCAACAGUAAACAGUUUUUGAAGAUUCGAGAAUUGAGGGAAUGUUUGAAGGGCUACGACGAAGCGCUCUUGCAGUACUCCCAAAUAUCAACGCUCCCUGAACCCAGUACGCACAACAUGCGACAACUAGUGAAGUGGCUCCAGGACGAAGAUCAUGGGAACAUGACUGUUCAAGGAGUUGGCAGCGAGAUAUGGGGGGAUCAGCAAAAGAAGCCAGAGCCUCCCCCACUUCGCCAACAGUUCAUAAAUCUCAUCAGCUUCUGGAACAAGACGGAACCGCCAACCAGAGCAGACCUUGUGGUACCUCGUUGGCGAAAGGAUGUCGACGGCCUGACACGGUGGCUCGCGGAGGAACUCAUUCCCUUCAGAGAAGCUGUAAAGAACCCCCACAAGAGAGAAGCGGAUGAUUCGGAGUCUACGGCCGGUCAGGAAGGAAGCGAAAAGACAUCUACCAACCAUGUGGAGGAUGCAGAUAAAGAAGCGCAGAAAAGGAGGUCAAGAACCGACAACGUUCGAGCAUACUCGGGCGACACGCUACUCAAGCUGACUUAUCGCGGAGCAACUUUGGUGGCCUGCAUGGUUCCAAUUGUUGCCAUUCUUUGCCUCUCUAUCGUCCCCAACUUGUACCAUAAACUGACCAUGAUCACAUGCUUCACAGUUCUCUUCGCCGUAGCAGUCAUGUGCAUGACCGAAGGGACAAGAGUUCAAGUGUUUACGGCCACCUCCGCAUUCCUCGCCGUACUGGUGGUUUUUGUCCCGGUUCAAAGUUCCUGAAAUUCUAGACCGCGCUAUGUCGUCAGUGAUGCUUGGUACCUACCUAGAUGAUAGGCUUUAAACAUAAUCAACAGGUCUUGAAGGAUAGUCAGCAGGCCUUGAAAGAUAGUUCAUUUAGCUUAAAAUAUAGUUAAUAGGCCUUAAAAAUAAGUAGUAGGCCUUGAAAGAUCGUUAAUAGGCCUUCAAAGAUAGUUAAUACGCUUUAAAAGAAAUUCAAUAGGC